CUGAACAACGUUGUGGCCACAUGGCAUUCCCGCACCAAGAGCUAGCGCUGGCGUGCAGCUGAGCUCGGCGGUCGGUCAUGGCGGUCGACGGCGACGGACAAGUCUUCGUCUCGGUGCUUGAGAGGCGGUCGGUCAUGGCGGUCGACGGCGACGGACAAGUCUUCGUCUCGGUGCUUGAGAGGGGUGAAGAGGAACCCAAUCUCACCUGGACCUCCUGUCGCUGCAGCAUCAGUGCGUUUCGCAUCGUCGGAGGACUGUCGGUGGCAGCACUGGUGGUGGUAGCCUGGCAAAGAUUUAGCUCUGGACAUCGCUUCGAAAACUUCGAGGGCUUCGAGGGUCGUGUCGACGGUUCGCCUUCGAUGCCGUUGAUGCAAAAAUGGCUGCCGAUCCACCAGUCUGAAGUGCUUCCCUACGACCAAUGGGUGAAAGCCUGGCAUGUGAAAGUAGGUCGCUUGACGGAUGUGGUGUAUCACACCUAUUCGAAUCAUCCCGAGUUCGUCAAGGACGGGUGA